AUGAACGGCACAGUUGAUUUUUACAGGGAAUGGAAAGAGUAUGAGACUGGGUUUGGAAAUUUGGAUUCCGAGUUUUGGUUGGGAAAUAAUAAAUUAAAUGUGCUAACAAGUACUGGAAACUACAAGCUUUUCAUUCACCUUGAAGAUUUUGAAGGGAAUUCGAGGUAUGCAGAGUAUUCCAAAUUCAGUGUCGGAGAUGCCACAACAAAUUUUAUUCUAAAUAUAGAUGGAUAUAGCGGUGAUGCAGGAGAUGAAAUUGGAAACAGCAACGACAUGAUGUUUUCUACUUCCGACAGGGAUAAUGACAGGGAUCAAAACUUGAACUGCGCAAAGGACUUGAGAGGAGGAUGGUGGUACUAUUUUUGUCUCAGAUCUAAUUUGAAUGGGAGAUAUAGUAAAGGAAAUAACUGGGAUCAAGCAUCAUCUCUCCUUCGUCCACGGGACUGCAGUGACCUUCCACAAGGAAGUUGUUCAGGGGUAUAUACAAUAUAUCCAACAAAUAAGAAGUUUGAUGUUUACUGUGACAUGGAUACAGCAGGAUUUGGUUGGACUGUUUUCCAAAACAGAAUAAACGGAGAGGUUGAUUUUUACAGAGGAUGGAACGAUUAUAAGAUUGGAUUUGGAAAUUUGACAUCCGAGUUUUGGUUGGGAAAUGACUUCAUUAAUGUGCUAACCUCUUCUGGAGACUACAAGCUUUACAUACACCUUGAGGAUUUUGAAGGGGAUUGUAGAUAUGCAGAGUAUUCCGAAUUUAGUACAGGAGAUGUCACAACAAAGUUUACUUUGAAUAUAGCAGGAUAUAGCGGUGAUGCAGACUCCAGACAACCUAAAGAAAAUAUGGUGACCAAGAGGGUACAGAUAAACAUUCAAUUACCUCCCCUUGACCUUGACUAA